GGUGUACACUUCACUGUACGUUCAGGCCUGUGGGAAACGGCACGAGAUCGUCUUCAGAGGAGCGCGCAUCACUUGCCCGCAGAUAUAUUCGCUUUAACUGACUCCGUCAGCGGGAGCAGCGUCCACCAUGUCGUCCAUGCUUGGGGUCGUCGCCAAACAGCUCAGGAGCCACCCGGCUCUCAUCCCCCUCUUCGUCUUCAUCGGUGGCGGGGCAACCAUGAGCAUCACGUACUUAGCUCGGCUGGCUCUGAAAAACCCUGAUGUCUCAUGGGAUCGCAAGAACAACCCCGAGCCCUGGAACAAGAUGGAGGUCAACCAACAGUACAAGCUUUUCAAAGUUAACAUGGACUACUCCAAGCUGAAGAAGGACAGGCCUGAUUUCUAAGUCUUUGCACCUCUGACAUUGGUAUCAGUGUGAGGAGUCUGUGCACUUUUUGCCAAAUACAAAACAAACCCAUGACGCUGAAUGAAGGUUGAAUUGCUCAUUGUGCACAUGUUCAGUCAGUUCAUUUCAAGUGUGGAGGGGCAAAGUGAUCAUUCACCUAUCAAUGACUGUAUGAAUAAAACAGGCAACCACUUGUUUUACUGCUUACUAAUUGAUGAAUUUAUUUUUGACUUUGUUGUAAAUUAUUAAACUAAUUUUAAACACA